GCCGGCGCCGUCCCGUCCCGUCCCGGGGCUCCGCUGCGCUCCCCCCGGCGCUGCCGCCGCCCCCCAUGCGGGUCCCCCCCCUCCUCCCCGCCAUGGCCCGGCUCUCCGUUAAGGAGCAUCUGGACGGGAUCCUCUCCGACUUCGAAGCGCUCAAGAAGUCGUUUGAGGCAGAGGAUGGGGACGAGGCACCCUGCUCCCCGCUGGUGUCCUCACUGCCCUCGGGCACUGACGGGAGCCCCCGGCCGCUGCAGCCCGGCCACCCCCCCUGCUCCGGCCGCGCCGCCAGCCCGGCCCCCAGCCCCGUGCUGCGCAGCCUGCUCAGCACCGGCCGCGCCACCGGCACCGGCGGCGCCCGCGUAGCCUCCUUCCAGCCCUGCCAGGGCUUCGCCGCAGGGCCGGGCAGCGACGGCGAGAGCCUCCGCAGCUCCUCCUCCAGCCUGGAGAGCCCCGCGCCCACCGGGCUCCCCCCGCCGCCCUGCACGCCCCCUGCCUCUGGCCCUGGCCUGAAGAAAGUCCCGUCCCACGGCAGCGUCUUCCCGGUGGAGCUGGAGCACCCCCUCGGCGGGACAGCCACCAGCCACGGCUCGCUGCCAGCGCUGGACCUGCACAUCGCCGAGGAGCCGGGGAUGGGCACCUCCCUGCCAGACCCCCUGCUAUGGGGCGCUCCGAGCCCUUCGACACAGCCGCACACCCGGCAGCCUUCCUCCUCCUCCUCCUCCAGGGCCCCAAACGAUGGCAUCGAGGCAGCGCUGGGGCUGGCCGAGGGGCCAGGGGAGCGGGAUGCGGCCCUCUGUGCGCUGCCCCGGCCACAGCCGAGGGUCAGCCUUGGUGCCAGCCCCAUCCCAUCCCACCGGUCCCCAGCACUGCCCCGGGGCCAGGGUGGGACAGCCCCAGCCACCGCUGCUGCCCCUUCCCCGGGGAGGGCCGAGGGGCCACCACUAGCCCCACAAGCCGCCACCUUCAAGCUUGUGUCACAGCCACAGACGGUGCAAGUGAGCUCCCAGCCUGCUUUCCUCGAGGGGCUGGUGCUGGUGCCGGCACUGGGGACCCCAGCAGUGCCUGGUGGAGUCGGGAUGACCCCCCUCAACGCUGGGCUGCAGGGACCCUGCAUGGUGGCAGAGGCUCCGGUGACUCCAGAGCACGGGAGCAGCCUGGAGCCUGAAGAGCGCAGCAUGGAGCCGCCGGCUGAGCCGGAGGAGGAGGUGCCCAUCACCACGGCGCCCGGCCCGGCAGGAUGCCAGCUCUUCGGUUACGUGGGAAUCGAGGCUGUGCUGGACCAGAUGAAGAUCAAAACCAUGAAGACGGGCUUCGAGUUCAAUAUCAUGGUUGUGGGGCAGAGUGGGCUGGGGAAGUCGACAAUGGUGAACACCCUCUUCAAGUCCAAGGUGAGCCGCAAAGCCUCGCAGCCGGGCCAGGAGGAACGCAUCCCCAAGACCGUGCAGCUGCAGUCCAUCACCCAUGUCAUUGAGGAGAAGGGUGUGAAGAUGAAGCUGACAGUGACAGACACGCCAGGGUUUGGGGACCAGAUCAACAAUGAGAACUGCUGGGACCCCAUCAUCAAAUACAUCAACGAGCAGUAUGAGAGGUACCUGCGUGAGGAGAUCCUCAUCACCCGCAAGAGGAAGAUCCCGGACACCCGGGUCCAUGGAUGUGUCUACUUCAUCCCUCCCACAGGUCACUGGCUGCGCCCACUGGACCUCGAGUUCAUGCGGCGGCUCAGUAAGAUUGUCAACGUGGUGCCGGUGAUCGCCAAAGCCGACACACUUACACUGGAGGAGCGAGCGGAGUUCAAGCAGCAGAUCCAGGAGGACCUGAAGACCCACGCAAUCAGCGUGUACCCGCAGGAGGACUUUGACCAGGACCCGGAUGACAGGGUGCUGAACGACAGGAUUCGGGAGAAUAUCCCCUUUGCUGUGGUGGGAGCAGACCAGGAGCACCAGGUCAACGGCAAGCGGGUGCUGGGCCGCAAGACCAAGUGGGGCAUCAUUGAAGUGGAGAACCCGACACACUGCGAGUUCCCCCUCCUGCGGGAUCUGCUGAUCCGGUCCCACCUGCAGGACCUGAAGGACAUCACCCACAACGUGCAUUACGAGAGCUACCGCGUGCGGCGGCUGAACGAGAGCAAACGCCCGGCGCUGAGCCCCCUCAACGGGCUGGCUGGCAAGGGCGAGGCUGGCAGCGAGCUCUGAGCCACCACGUAUCCCCCCGGAGCCACCCCUGCGCCUUGCCUGGGGUAAGGAGCCCCCCAGCAGUGCCAGCCUGCCCUGGGCCAGGUCCCUUGUCCCCAAACACAGACCCUGUUGGACCCUGCAUAAUGGUAAAGCUCAGCCUGCAGCUCCCAGCCUUCACCAUCAUCAUCCUUCUGCUGGACUUCCCACCUCUGAUGUGCCACCACUCUCCUGUGCUACUCUGGCCACUGGGACCAUGGGGCAAGAGACAGACACCCCUCAAAUGUGCUGCUGGGGUGUGGGGUGCCAGCACCAGCCAGGCACCCCAGGGCAGUGGCAGUGCUGUGGUGGUGCCAUAGGUAGUUGGGUAGCAGGUCCCCUCCCUGCGGUCACCCCAUCUGCCCUGCCCGGUGACGGCAGCUGCCAUGGCCGGACUUUGAGCCACUUAUCGGUGGCGGAGGUUCCGGACGGGUGUGGAGGUGCCAGGAGCGGUGUGAAGGUGGCACCCACAAAGGUGUGGGGGGCUACACCCAGCUGCUGCCUGCUGGGACACCCCCUGCUAGGGCACCACCACAGGGUGCAUCCCCCCCAGCCCCUCAGGCGGACCCCACAGCCCUGG